AUGAAGUUCUCCGCCACCCUCAGCCUCGCCGUUUCGGCCCUCGUGUUUGCCGUCGCAGCCAAGUCGAGUAACGCCUAUGUGCAUGAGCGCCUCGACAAGAACGACACGCUGCUGCUCAUCGUCGAUAUCCAGGAAGGCCUGAUCAACCUUGCGCGCGACUCUGACCCGACUCUCUUCCGCAACAACUACCUCGCUCACUCGAGCCUCGGCCGGGUCUUUGACCUUCCCGUCAUUCUGACGACAUCAUCCUCGUCCGGCAUCACGACCGACGUGUGCACCGCCUUCCUCGCCCUCUCCCUGCGCGCCGAGGGUUACUCCGUGUGGGCCAACCUCGAGGCUUCGGGCACUACGACCGACCUCAUCCGCGACGCCUCCAACGACCAGAUGCGCGCUGCCGGCGUCACCGUCACGAGUACCUUUGCCAUCGCCAUGGACCUCAUGCGCGACUGGCGCAACACCCCCGGCGCCCCCGAGCUGCUGCCCUGGCUCGACACCUACUACCCCGUCUACGGCAACCAGGCGCGCGGCCACCGCGCCGCCGUCGCCAACGGCACCCUGCUGCCCGGUCAGGACACUCUUCCUCUCUAG